AUGAUCAAGGCCUGCCGGGCCUGCGUCAAGGCCUGCGGCGACCGCCACCGGCAGCGGCGCGUGCACGCGGAGGACGCGGCCAAGGCCAGCAAGACGCGGCCGCCGCGGUACUGGACGGCCGCGGCGCUCGCGCUCCACCUGCGCGCGAACAAGGUCGACGACCGCACCGUCGCCCGCUUCUCGCGGACGACGGGCGCGGCCCUCGUCGCGGCCUGCGACGGCGACGGCGUCGAGGCCGACGCGGUCGGCGCGCUCAUGGACGCGCGCGGCGUGCCGCCCGGCUUCCGGGAACGCCGGGCCGUUCGCGCCGCGUUCGACCAGGUCCUGGCGCUCCACCGCGCCCACUGCAAAAAGUUGGCCGACCGCAAGGGCCGGCCGGUCAACGAGUGGACCGCGGAGCAGCUCCUGCAGCAGGUGCGCGAAGAAUUUGGAGGGGGGCUGCUCGACGCGCGCACGGCCACGAAAGUCACCACGGCCUUCGAGCGCGCCGGGGUCACGGGCGCGGACCUCGCGACCGCGGCGGAGCCGGAGGCGGUGCUGCGGGACCUGGGCCUCAAUUCCAUAAAAAGCGAGGCGCUCCACCAGGUCGCCGACGCGUGCCGCGCGUGGCUCGACCAGGCGCCGCGGUACGGCAUCGCGCUCCACCAGGCGCGGAUGCGGAGACUGCGGCGAACGGAGUCCCGCCUGGACCAGGAGCACUCGAAGGCCGUGGGCGCGGCGCGGGCGAAGCUCCGGAAGCUUACGGCCGCCGCCGCGACGCCGCUCAAGGAGCUCUACGACCACCUCGACUACGCCUUCGCGCUCGGCGUCGCGCCGGACGACGCGGACGCGGCGGCGGCGCGGCGGCGCGCGGAGGAGCUGCGCGCCGCGGCCAGCGGCCGCGUCGACGCGCCCAUGCCCGACGGCGCGCUCCGGCGCUUCGUCCAGUUCGCCAAACGCCCCGAGCUCGCCGCCGACUACCACUUCGCGAACCGGGCGCAGCAGGAGCUGCCCGAGACCGCCGCGCUGGAGCGCGAGUGCCCGCACCUCGCCGCGCGGGUCGACGCCGCCAUCGCCGCGGAGGUCGCAGCCGUCGGCGCCGACACGUUCCGCGAGGUGUCGGCGCAGGCGACGGCGUUCUUCGCGGGCGUCUACGAGUCCAUCUUCGCGACCGUCGCCGAGUCCGAGCGCGACGCCAAGGCCCGGUACGACGCGGCGGUGCGGUCGUUUCCGGGCGCGGCGACGCCGAUCAGGCAGCGUGCGACGCGCGUCGUGCCGCUGCUCGUCGACGCGGCCGCGGCGGCGCCCGCGUUCGACGCCGCGGUCGGCGCCCUCGUUGCCGCGGCCACCGCGGCGGGCCGCCGCGUCGAGCGCAAGCGCCCGCCGCUCAAGUCGGCCUCGCGCAUCGUCGAAAAGUGCGCCCUGCAGCCCGAGGCGCCGCGCGACACGUCCCGCGUCUGCGACGUCGUCCGCGACAUGAUAAUUUGUGACACGCUCGAGGAUUUGACGGACCUCCUUAGACGCCUCGAAGAAUCGAAGGAAGUGACGGUCGUCCGCGUCAAGGACCGCAUCAACCAUCCGCCGCCCUCGAAGUGGAGGGACGUCAUGGUGAACCUGGUGCUCCGGGCUGACAGGACGCAGCACGUCUGCGAGUUGCAGCUCUGCCACCGCAAGAUGCUCACGGGCCGCGAGGGCCUCGACGGCCACGCCCUCUACAACCGCCAGCGGUGCGCCGACGAGCUCCUCGAGAAGCUCGGCGGCGUGACGUCUCCCGGCGGCGACGACCAAGCCCACGUCGCGGCGUUCCUCUUCGACGCCGGCGCGCCGCUCUCCGGAGCCUCCGCGCCCACCGCCGACGACGAGGCCCUCGCGCUCCAGCUCGCGGCCGAGGAUCAGUACCAGCUCGCCGUCUCCUCGCGCCAAUCGGCCCAGCUCGCGGCGUCCUUCGAGGGGGAGGGCUCGUCGGCGGGGCCGCUAGUGCCGCCGACGUCGGCGGCCGAGGAGGAGGCCAUGGUCGAGCGCGCGCUUGCGGAAUCCUGGCGCGACGCCGCGUAACUUAUUUAAUGUUCUCG